AAUAAUCGUUCGUCACGAUGAAUUGUAAUAAUGAAUUUUCUGUAACCUAAAAAAAAGAUAAAAAAGAUAAAAUAUCUCGGAUAUUCAUAGUGGAUUGCAUUGCAUUCAAAGUGAUUUAAAGUUGUGUUUGUAAACAUUGCAAGCCGUGUUUCUAAUUUUAAAUGUUCCCGCCUUAAGGCGAAAAAUUGUAAAUUAGACUUAAGACCAGCUGUAGCAGGAAUUCGAUAUACGCGCGUUCUGACUAAACCUCGAGCACCAAUCAGAAAACGUUUUAAUCGCCAACAUUUAGUAAAAGAAGAGAAACGCGCAUGCGCACAAUCGACCUUACAUUUGUUUCUCAAUGUAUCCGCAUGGCUAGGACACGCGUGCAUAUUGAGGAGGAAGUAUAACAGUACUUAGUUUUUUUCUCGAUUAUUUUGAUUUAAAUAGUGCAUUACUUGUGCGGAUAAAAACAUUGCCAUUAUAAUGAAUCAAAUAAAAAACACAGGAGCGUUUAAUUAAUUUAAGAAUCUUACAAGGUACACCAGUAAAAGGCGCGUAUUUUCUUCUUUUGUUUUUUGUGUUUCCUUUUUUCGUUUCACACUUUCGUAUGAUUAAUUAACGUGAAAGCGUGCACAUAACCUAUCGCCAUAGUUAAUCAUAUAUCUCGAUAGGAUGUUGAGUGAAGAAUCAUGUUCUGCUAUACCAUUUUAUCAUUUGAUCUACCAAAAUUUUUCAAAAUAGUAUAAAAACAUACAUAAUGGUUAAAAUUGAGUGAACAAUGAAACUAAUUAUCAAGACUGACUUUAACAUAUAAAGAAGAAGGAAUUAAAAGGAACAAUUAGGAAAUACGUAAUAAAAAACGAUGUAUUAGAGGAAAGUAAGUAAAUAAUAUAAAAUAAAAGGGAAGCAUCAAUUUCGUUAUCGCGACAAAACUAACCCACAAAACUUAUCUCCGAGACGCUCUCGUGGGAACGAAUGCGCGCGCAUCUAUAAUUGGGAGGCUCGACAUUAAUGCAGUUUUUCGUUCGAUGAAUGAACGAGCGAAUUAAUUACUUAAUUAAUUAAUGAAGUAUCGUGUUAAUUAAUUAAUUGAAUCGAUCGAAAAGAGAAUAUUUGGCAAAGUAAAUAAAAAAAGGGAAGAAGAGGAAGAAGGUGAUAUCCGAAGUAAGGGAAAUAAAAAAGCAAGUAGUGGACAAGAGGAUACGAAGAAAAACUUUGGAUUCUUGCGAUCGGAUUGGCUUGGAACGAGGCGACAAGGAGGCGUCACACGGAGAGUAAGUCGAACGCAUGUGGUUGUAUUUUGCCCGCUUGUCGAGUCGUGCAUGUACCGUUAACUCGAAUUCAUUUCACCUGGUUGAACGGAAAGCAAGUCCCGCUUCUUACCGACCAACCGAUCGAGAGAGAGUUGAUCGUGCACGACCAUCGAGUGCGAUUCGUCGUUGUCGUAAAAACCGGAAACGCGUAUACUUGCGUUGCUCACCUAACCAAAUUUCACUCGGGACGUGGCUUAAAUUGUACGAAAAAGAAAAUAUCAAUUUCUUUUUUUCUCUCUCUCUCUCUCUAUUUCCAAAUAAUCGUGUCGCGUGAUCGUCCUCGUUUCGAAAUCUAUUUUUUGGUUUUUUCCGUUUGUCUGUCUCUCUCUUUCUCUUUCUUUUUUAUUCAUGUAAAUUUGAUCGAAGAAAUCGCACAAAUUCGUCAAAUCCGAGUGUAGUUCGAACGCGCGUGUUUCGCAUGACGUGUCACGAGAGAAGCAACAGCAGCACCACCACUACCAUCAGUAGCAUCACUAGUAUCGAAAAAGGAAUAGUAGUUAAUAGUAACAGCAGCAGCAGCAGUAGGAGGAAGAAGGAAUAGAGAGAGAGAACGGUGGUGGCGACGGCGGUGCUCUGGGGACGUUGCUGAGAACAGUGGUGUGGUGGCGGUAGUAGUGUAGUAGUAGUAGUGGUGGUAGUGGUAGUAUAGUGUAAUAGUAAUACCGCGACGACAACGACAACGACAAACGACGCUACUAGCUGGGUACGAACGAGGAAAAACGAACGAGCAAGCAGCUUAGCGUAGAAAUGAGAAAGUACACCUCGCAACGGCGACGUUUUACGCGCUGAGGAGGAGAUUGAGUACGCAAGGAGGCGAGAAUUCGAGAGAACAGAACGGAACACGACUGAGAGAAGAGACAGACGCGCAUACGUGCGGACGGACAAACAAACGGACGUACGUACGUACGUACGUACGUGCAUACACAUACGUACACUCGGUUCGUUCGCUCGGUCGGUCGUUCGCUCGCCCGUACGUUCGUUCGUUCGUUCAUUUUCAAGCCAGCAACAAACUGCCUUUAACUGCUCGUUCGAACAGUCUUGAUAAAUUUGUAUUAACACAAGGGAACAUUGUUAGAUCGUUGUGACCGAGGACGACGACGACGUCGGUGGGUUUCGGAAGAGAAGAACAUCGCCAAAGGCAGGCGUCCGCGUUCUCUCUUUUUCUCUCUGUCUACUACUUCUUCGUGCGGGACGUAACAUCGGUUAAAGAUGAAUUUCACGCCUUUUCCUGGCUUUGCCACAGGCUCGUUACAACCGGGCGCUGUUCACCAAUUUGCAACAGCGAAAUUUGCACAAAAUUUAACUACUGGUGGUCAAGUCGUCGGCGUUUUAUCAGGUGGAGAGGGUGGCGUUCAUUAUUUAAGACCAGUUGACCCUAACGGGUUUGCUGUUGCUCAAGGAGGCAAUAACCAACAACAGCAAAUCAUUACGCUGCCUAUAACUGUACCUGGAAAAGAUGGAACGCAACAGCAACAAACUGUUCAAAUUCAGGUGGUUAAUCCCAGUGUUUCUCAAAGCGGAAACAGCGGGGACCAACCCAAAUAUCAUAUUGCACCUAUUUCGUUGGGACAAUUUCCCCAAGGUGCAGCGACUGUCCUUACCGUUGCCUAUAGUCAACAACAAGGCACGGAUGGUCUCCAGAUUCAAGUUCAGCCACAAAAUACUGUGGCAACAACGCAAACAUCGGAUCAAACAACACAAAGUACAUCAGUGGCAGUAACUACCACAUCACAACAGACGAUUCAGCAAACAGUACAACUUCCAGGAGCACCAGAGGGAUUGACUGUGGUUGCGCAAAUACCACAAGAUUUGAUUUUAAGAGAAGGAAUGGAAGAGUCUAAGGAGGAUGUGAAAGAAGGCACAACUCCGGUUGCUCUUAUUAAAAGAGGAACAGUCAAAAAUCAAGGAAAUCAAAGUAAUGAAGAGUUCAUUACUGCAAUGCCUGCAGGAUGGCAAAGUCUGGCAACACCAGGUUCUACUGUUGCUGAUUAUCUCUCAAGGUUACCCGCUAGUACCUUGCCUCUCGGCUUACAGCAUUUUCUCAAAUUUUCAACAGAAACGAUAAAAAGAGAAGCGAACAUAGAAUCGAGUCCUUUGGGCGCGGAUGGCUUAGAUGCUUCUGGCAGUAUGCCAUCUGGAGAACAAGCUGUACAGAUUACGGUAGCCGGAGGUGAGACGAUUCUUCCUGAUGUUGUCGAAGAACAAGAACCAGGAGCAAAACCUAAAAGAAAAAAGAAAUAUAAGAAAAAGCCUCCAAAACCAAAAAAGCCAAAGCCCGGUCAAGUUAGUAUUGUUACUGCCUUAGAUGGUACCACUCUGUUUUGUUGCCCUCAAUGCAACAUGGCUUAUCCAGAGAAAGAACUAUUGGAACAACAUCUUAUUGGUCAUAAAAUAGAGAGGAGGUUUAUCUGCGAUAUUUGCGGUGCUGGCUUGAAGCGAAAAGAACAUUUAGAACGACACAAACUUGGUCAUAAUCCCGAUAGACCGUUUAUUUGCUCUGUCUGCAUGAAAGGGUUUAAGCGAAAAGAGCAUCUCAAUCUUCACUUUGUUAUACAUUCUGGACAAAAAACCGAAGUGUGUAGCGAAUGUGGAAAAGCUUUCUAUAGAAAAGACCAUUUAAGAAAGCAUGCAAGAUCUCAUCUUGCUAAACGUGCUAAAGAAGAUCCACUAAAUACGGCUGAUACUUCGCAAAAUCAGCAACAAGUAGAACAAGCACAGCAACAAACUGAACAGCAAAUGCAACAACAAUCCUCCGUACCAGAGCUUCAGCAAAUUCAAAUACAAGUAGGACAGGGCUCUCAAGCUCAGAUUCAUCAAAUUUCUGUCAGCGAACAGUCUACCGUUGUGCUGCCGACUGCUGCUGAAACAGGUGCAAUGGCGAUGUUGCAUCAUCAGCAACAACAGCAGCAGCAACAGCAACAACAGCAACAGCAGCAGCAGCAACAACAGCAACAACAACAACAGCAGCAGCAACAGCAGCAGCAGCAGCAACAACAGCAACAACCUCAACAACAGCAACCUCAACAACAACAGCAGCAUUAGCAACAGCAUACCGCCCCUAGUCAAGCCGGGCGGUACUACAGAUUCAAUCAUCAACAGGCUAGGGGUCGUGUUAGACAAGGAGUUCUAGCAGAUUGAAUUCUUAUCGAAAUUCUUUAAUUGAUAUCGUGCAAGAAAUUUUGUUGAUGAUGGUCAUUGUUGCCUAGUAGUGAUUACAUAAAAGAAAAAAAAAAUGAUAUCAGCUUGGACCUUAAACCGCGUCGUGGCUAGGCCGGAAUAAUUUAUAUUUACAAUCAUCUUUUAAAGCGCACCGAGCUGAACCACGAACAAAAAGGCUCGUUUAUUCGAAUUUUCUUUUUUUUUUUUGCGUACACGUUAUAGCGUACGUGUGAAGGUGCGAAUGAAUCGCACGAUAUAAAAUGUUUUCGUCGCCAAUCCAGUUCCAUGACGCACGCGUUAUAUAUAAAUGAAGAAAUUUAUAUAUAUAUAUAUAAAUAUAUAUGAAUAUAUGCAUACAUAUAUAAUGUAUAUAUAUCCAUAUAUACAUAUAUAUAAUAUAUAUAUAUAUGUACAUAUAAGUAUAUACAUAUACGUAUAUGUAUAUAUAUAUUUAAACAUACACUUAUAUAAAUAGAUAAAAAAAAUAUAUAUAUUUUUGAAACCACGAACUGGAUUCGCCGAAGGACAAAGGCAAUCGAGUUUGGGGCUAACAUUAUUUCUCUUGAAUAAAUGAAAUAAUAAGAGAAAAUGAAAAAAUAAUAAAAAAGAAACAAAAAAAAAUAAAACCCUGUAAAUAUAACAGUUUUUCAUCCCUAAACGGAGGAUUACUGUGAUGUGCAAAUAUAAAGUGAUAUGUUUUAUUUAUUAAUUUGCUUAGUCUACACGCAAUCCGAGAUAAAGUAAAGGGAUGAAAAAGAAAAUGAAAAAAAAGAAAGGGAGAAAGAGUAAUCAAUCGUUUGAUUUUAAUUUAGUAUUACGUAGAAAUCUAUUAUUGAAGUUGUUGCAAAACAUAAAAGAAAAGUGUAAUCAUAAAUUGUUCUCAUUUAUAAAUUAAUGACAAUGAUUAGUGUAUAUUUUUACAAUAAUAAGUGGCGCGCGAACCACUUAAUAUGUAUUUUAAUGUGAUUCGUUACAUCGCAUAAAUUGGAUUAAAGAUUAUGAGAUAAUUGCAUGUAGAAAUCAAAUUAAAUGCGGAAUAUUUUGCAAAAGUAUAUAUACUAUGUUUGCCAUUCGCACGAGGAAUACAUAUAUGGUUUUAUCCGAUUAAAAAAAGAAAGAGAAAUAAGUUUACAAUUAAUUUCUAUAUAUUAUUUGAUGCAUUUAUGUGGAAGAAGAACAUAUAUAUGUGGAAAGGACAACAAAGCAAAGCCAACAUUUACACAUUUUGCAAAUAUUUCAUAAUCUCGAAUUAUUCGUCAAUUUUUUUUUUUUAUCAUUCUUAGCUUUGAUUUUUUUGAAUGAACCAAUCAACCAAUUGUACAAUUUUUAUACGGAUAUUAAGAAAUGCUUUUCUUUAUGUUAAUACAUCGUCAUAUUUAGAAGUGGAAUCUUCAAAGCACAGUUGUAAUUUCUAUCAAGAAAGUUUGACGACGAUAUUUCAUUGAAAAAAAAUAAUCAUUUAAAAUGAAUGAAAAUGAAAUUUAAGUGACUCGGGAAAUUGUUGAGUAGAAGCGAAUGUAUAAUAAAGAAAAAAAAAAAAA